UUAUUUCAGUGUUGAGCAUAUAACUUUGAAGAGACUCUGAGGCAGAAAACGAGUACACGAGAACCAUGGAGCCUUCAGGUACACAAAAGAAGGCACGGACGUUUGACUUCAUGGCCAUGUUUGAAGAAGCACGUCAGACGGCAAGAGAGAGAACACAAGACAAAGAGGAUACAACCGGAGAAACUGUUCAAGAUGCUACAGAGAAACUAAAAAAAGCCAAGGAUGAUUCAAGUGACUCCAGUGAUUCUGACUCAGAUAGUUCCUCCUCAUCGGAUGAUGAGCGGAGGACAGACAAACCCAAACAGAAGUCAAAGGGAGGUAACUCAGAUGAUGACAUGAUUGGGCCACCUCUUCCACCAGGAUUUGCUCAAGUUCCCAGUGAUGAUUCAAAGAUUGUUGAAGCUUCAAUGGCCGUGUCAAAGAGUGGGGACUCAGAAGAUGAAGAUGAGGAGGAGGAGGAAGAUGAGGAAGAAGAGUCACUUGACAAGAAGAUUCCUAUAAGUCAUGAUCUUGUUCUAGAUCAUGGGGGCAAAACUGUAUCUGCACUGGCGUUAGACCCAUCAGGGGCCCGUCUAGUGACUGGGGGGUUUGAUUUUGAUGUCCGAUUCUGGGAUUUUGCUGGAAUGGAUGCCUCAUUACAGAGUUUCCGAAAUUUACGUCCAUGUGAAUGCCAUCAGAUCAAGUCCCUCUCAUACAGCACAACAGGAGAUAAGAUUCUGGUAGUGGCUGGCAAUGCCCAGGCAAAGGUCAUCGACCGUGACGGCUUCGAGGUGCUGGAGUGUGUGAAGGGAGACCAGUACAUUGUAGACAUGGCCAGCACCAAGGGCCAUACAGCCAUGCUGAAUAGUGGAAGCUGGAAUCCCAAGAUCAAGGAGGAGUUUCUCACAUGUUCAAAUGACGGCACACUACGGCUGUGGGAUGUUAAUCAGUCUAAGAGACACAAGGGAAUAAUCAAACCGAAGAGUAACAGCGGUCGUCGGACUAUCCCAACUACCUGCACCUACAGUAACGACGGCAUCUACAUCGCAGCAGCUUGUCAAGAUGGCUCUAUUCAACUGUGGGACCAUAGGAAACACACUUUUGUGAAUGUCGCUCUCUACAACAGAUCAGCCCACAUGAAUGGAUCAGACACUUCAUGUCUGUGUUUUUCCUACGAUGGGACAGUGUUGGCUUCAAGGGGAGGUGACGACACACUGAAGCUGUGGGACAUCAGGAAAUUCAAGGAGCCACUUGCAGUUGUCAAGGAUCUUGAAAAUGUCUUCCCAAUGACAGACUGUCUGUUCAGUCCCGAUGAUCAGAUGGUCGUGACUGGGAUAUCAGUAAGGAAAGGUGAAGGUGCUGGUAAACUCAUCUUCUUCGAUCGGAACACACUGAGCCGUGUGACUGAGAUGGAGAUAGGAGAUUCAAGUGUGGUACGAGCGCUGUGGCACCCCAAGCUGAACCAGAUGGUGGUUGGAUCCGGGGAUGGCAUGGUCCGGGUAUACUACGAUCCCAAGAAGAGUCACAGGGGUGCCAUGUUGUGUGUCAUCAAGCAGAAGCGGAAGGCCAAACAGGUGCAGGUGAUGGCAUCACAGACAAUCAUCACACCAUAUGCACUGCCCAUGUUCCGUCAAGGGAAACCCACCAGUACACGUAAACAGGAGGAGAAGGUCAGGAAAGACCCCAUGAAGAGCAGAAGGCCAGAUCUACCGGUCAGUGGACCAGGAACUGGUGGUAGAGUUGGAGCGAAAGGAGCUACUCUGUCUCAGUAUGUGGUUCAAACACUCAUCACGCGCAAGCCGGACAAGUAUGAGAAUGAUCCUCGUGGCGCCAUCUUGAGACAUGCAAAGGAGGCAGAGGAGAAUCCAUACUGGGUGGAUCCAGCGUAUAAGAAGACACAGCCUAACAAGGUGUUCCAGGAACCUGAGACGGAGAAAAAAGAUGAUGAUGAUACCCCGUUGUGGAAGAAGCAGAAGAUAAGCUAGAAUGCAGCCCGAACCUCCUGCUGGACGCCCUGUGCAUCUCACAACUAAUGUUAACAUCCAUUGGCAUUAUGGAUGAGACAUUGUUGUACUGCAUCUGUACUGUGGAUGGAAAGGAGCAGUUACAGAGACGAAAAGACACUUUAUUACAUAAAAGUGACGUGAAUCAUGUAGAUGGAUAUCGGUGCUUUUCAACAUGCCAAUAACAACUGAAUCUUCAUUACCAUGGUUACUGCCAAGAAAAUCAAUUUGACACUAGAACUAGAAAGGUUAUGUCCACAUCACUGUAUCAUGUUCCUUCCAUCAUAAAGACCAACAAGUCAGGCAAUGUAAUUAGUUGGACAGGUGUAAAACUACUGGGGGAGGUGGGUAGAGUUGUGGUCAAGGUGUCAGUGUCAAGCUGAAGACCCGGGUUCGAUUCCUUACAUGGCUACAAGGUCUGAAUCCUAUUUCUGGUGUCCCCCUCCACGAUAUUGCUGGAAUAUUGCUUAAGUGGUGUAAAACCAUAUUCGCUUUAAAAUUACUCUGAAGAUGUGCUUAACCAUUGUCAGUGUGAUUUGUACUGCGAGUAAUAAUCAACCAUGUUCACAUUGUUGAUAUAUGGCAACGAUCAGUCUUUACCUAUAUAACUUUAAAGUGUGUAUAUAUAUGGUGCCAUUACCAUAGAUUAUAUCUAAAAUGAACAUUGUUCAUGGUUCCAUGAUCAUGGAGCAGGGGUGGAAAUAAUUUUAAAA